GAGGGAAAGCAGACGCUGAGCUAAGCACCUGCUGAGCACAUCCACAGCAACCAGGCAAAGACGCUGCAACGACCAACGACUGUCACCAUGAAGGCUACUCUCAUUACCGUCGCUGUCCUCGUCCUGGCCCUCGGCUGGACCUCUGAGGCCGUGCAGGUUGAGGAGAAUGGAUUGACUUUCUCGCUGGAAGCCGUCAAGAGGCUCCAGGAGCUGACGGAGAGCCACCUUGCGACUGGACAGCAGAACCCCCGUCUCAGGGCGAGCACCGUGUCCUCCUGCGCCGACCCCAUGCUCCCACAGGAGUUCCUGCCCCUCUGCAAGCUGAGAGGAGCAUCUGCAUCCCUCGCCAGACUAGCCAUGGUUCCCCUGGACGUCUGUGAGAUCUGCGCCUUCGCUGCCUGCACCGGCUGCUAAACGAACCCCAGCACGCCACAAACAUCUCGCCUAGCUUAAAGACUUGUGAUUUCUUUCCUCCCCCUCAAAGCUAUUUCAGGGAAUUUUCUAAAAAUGUUUUCCUGCAACUGUUCGACAAUAUGUUCCCUGACUCUGGUCAGUGAGCACAAACAAGUUUUAAGACAUCAAAAAUAGGCCGUAAUUUGAAAAAAAAAAUCAGACAGACUGAGGUAUGUUUUUAUUUGCAAACUGUUACUUUUUACUUUAUUUUGCCGCUGACAGCUCUCUAUCAUACAGGUUUUUUUUCCAAAUUCAGAUCAUUUGUUACAUUUAUAUCUUGCCAAGCUUUGUAUACGUAUUUAAAAGAAAAGUUUU